CGACAACACAAAGAUCUGAACAGAUAGAGAAAUUUCUAAGGAGCACUGAGAAUAUGAUGUUUAGUGAGAUGAAUCGAUUAACACCUGUACUUAAAGAUGCUGGGCUGCUGAGUUACCUGAUUCAAAGUUACAUCCAUCACCUGUUUACUAAGUUGGACCUGCUUGUAAACAAAGAUCUUUCAGUGAAUGAGACCUUCUGUCUUCUGCAAUGGGGAAAAUGUGUUUUGUUCAGUCCAGACUUACAGGAUGUCUUCAGGGCCUGUGACCCUCUGUUGAUCUCAGGAUGGUUAGAGAGAGCAAAGCAGAAGAUCCUGACCAUACUGAAGGAUGAAAUUUCUAGGGUCUUAGAAAAUAUUCUGGACUAUGAGGAGGAAGAUGAUGAAGAAGAUAAUAAGAGGUCAAUGGAUGAUGAAUGGUUCAUCAGGGUGCACACUGAUGUCACUCAGUGUUUGAUACCUGUUAUUCAAAAUGCAAACAAAUUUAGCCCGACUUUAAUGAAUUCGGUACAAAUUCUCUGUCUUGAUGAGCUUUAUAGUUUUGCUCAGAAGUAUGUAAAUGGGGAGAUGAAACGUCUUGAAAACCUGCAACUCAUUAACAAGAAGAUUAGUCGCAGAACCAGCCUGCGGGCUAAGAGGAAUGAACUUCUUGAAACCCUGCAGCCACUUCAGGAAAACAUUGUUUAUCUGUGUAAGACAAUCAGCACAUGUAUGAAACUCAGAUGUCUGCCUGUCAAAAUCAGUAAUCUGGACAAAAAUGAAAGUGUUGAUGUCUUAAAACAGCUGGAAGAUCAUGUUUUAUCCCUUGUGCAAAACAUGAUAAAACACUUGGCACAAGUAAGUUUAGAAAGUUAUUUUGAAAAAUGUGACGAGCAUAUUUAUAACCUGACAGAGGAAAUUGAAAAGCUGUGUGAAUCUCUGCCUCAGACUCAAGCGGCAGAAGAGAUAAGAACGAUCAUUGGGAAUCUAGCGUGCAACUGUGUUUCUCGUGUGUAUUUGGAUUGCCUGAUGAAGAUCAACUUCAAAAAGUUGCAGAGGAGAUGGGGAAAUGUUGAAGAAAGGAUAAGACAAGAUGUUCAAAAUUUGCAUGACAAGUUUUCUCAUCUGAAUGUCGAUGUUGAACAGAAUCAGCUCCUCAUGAGAAUGAGUGAAGUUUUGUUUUAUUGUGAUGUUGAAACACUGAAGUUUACCUGUGGUACUUUGUUCAAAGACUUUCCAGAAGACAGUGAGCAAUAUUUGCCCCGGCUGCUGCGUUGGAAGAAGACGUUAUCAGAACAACAAGUGAAGGAAAUUUUGGAUGUGGGUCAAAUGGGAUGUCAAAAUCCUGCAUGUGACAGCCGUCCCCAACCUCUUAUGGACCUUUGCUGUUGCCUAGGUUUUUAAUAACUAGACAUCGUAAUAAGCUGUAGUACACUGUACUAGUAGUACAGCUAGUCAGCUUUUUACAAAUGUUGUACACAUUUCAUGGUAUGUCUGUUUGACAAACCAUGACAUAAUUAAGUCAACAAAGACAGUCAAUUUGUUUUGACAUCAACCUAAUACACUUUUGUCUCAUGUUGUUUGAGUGAGUUUAACGCACCAGGGGGUAUUCCAGAAAGCUGGUUAUGGGACAUGCCCAGGUAUGUUUGAAAUUUAAAAUGUCUUUAUGUAUCCCUGUGUGCGCCCAUUAGCUCUUGGUUACCAGUAGAGAGUUAAUUGAACUUACUCUUAUCAGGUGUUUUGAAACCAACAUGAUCAGGGUUAGCAAGUUUUGUUUUAAUUAACCGAAAGUUUAGGGAUUCGCUGAUGAUAAGUUAAACCCGCUUUCUGGAAUACACCCCUGAAGUGUGUGAUGCACAA